CAAAGCAACUUAAUUUAGACGUCGAAUACACCAGAUACCGAACGUCAUAAAUAUGCUUCCUUGUUAACAUUUAAAACUCAAGGCUGAGAGAUUCCACAAAAAGAUUUAAAGGGUGAAGAGAAAACACGUUUAUAAAGCAGUAAAACUGAGGGAGGAGGCAGGAGAUUUCAAGAAGGAAAAAUAGAUUUUAGAAGGAAGUGAUUUGACGAAGAACGUAGGAAGAAAGGAGCAGGUGUAACCCGCAGCCACACUCAACCCCCUAGGCUUUCCUCCACUACUACAAAAGGUCCCUGAGGGUCAGCAUCUGCCCUGCCCAGCUCCACCGGUUCUGUAGGCCGCGCCUUCCUCCUGGAGGCUCCGCCCCUCCUGCCAUACAGCCACGCCCCUUCUCCACCGCCUUCCCCUAGUCCCGCCCCCUCCCCGGGCUCCGCCCAUGCCGCCUCAGACCCCGCCCGGACUGGGGCGUCCGGGUCCCGCCCCACGGCGCCGGAGGCGGCUGUAGCGUCAGGUGACAGCCCGAAGCUGCGGAAGCGGAUGAAGCAGAGCCGUGGAGGCCCUGUGGGGCAGCGCGGAGGUGAGGGAGCUGGUCGGCAGCCCCCGAGCCCGUGGUGCAGCGCACAUGCGGCGCUCGGGCUGACAUCUGAAGGCCGCCGCUCUGGGUCGUGCGGCCGGGUCGUGCGGCGGUUGGAGUCGCGGUGCGGGCCUGCGGCGGACGCCCAUGGAGAAGGCUGGGCGUGAGGGUGACGGCGCCCCCUGCGGGCCCGUCCUGCACAUCGUGGUGGUCGGCUUUCACCACAAGAAGGGCUGCCAGGUUGAAUUCUCUUACCCACCACUGAUUCCAGGAGAUGGACAUGACAGCCACACUUUACCCGAAGAAUGGAAAUAUUUACCUUUCCUUGCCUUACCAGAUGGUGCACAUAACUAUCAGGAAGAUACUGUGUUUUUUCACUUGCCACCCAGAAAUGGAAAUGGAGCCACAGUAUAUGGUAUCUCUUGCUAUCGACAAAUUGAAGCCAAGGCAUUAAAAGUAAGGCAAGCCGACAUCACCAGAGAGACUGUUCAGAAAAGUGUCUGUGUUUUAAGCAAGCUGCCUCUUUAUGGCUUACUUCAAGCAAAAUUGCAACUCAUUACACAUGCAUAUUUUGAAGAGAAAGAUUUUUCCCAAAUUUCUAUUCUAAAGGAGCUCUAUGAGCAUAUGAACAGUUCCUUAGGAGGGGCCUCAUUGGAAGGAUCGCAGGUGUAUCUUGGUCUGUCUCCUCGAGAUCUUGUCCUUCAUUUUCGACACAAGGUGUUGAUCCUGUUUAAGCUAAUUCUUCUUGAAAAAAAGGUUCUUUUUUACAUUUCUCCAGUGAAUAGAUUGGUGGGUGCACUAAUGACCGUGUUAUCCCUUUUUCCAGGCAUGAUUGAACACGGCCUCAGUGACUGUUCUCAGUAUAGACCCCGAAAGAGUAUGUCUGAAGACGUUGGGCUUCAGGAAAGUAAUCCUCCUGCAAAUGAUUUUAUUUCUGAGUCCACUUCUGACAUUUCAAAUACCAGCUUGGGAACUGUCCCGAAAAUCAUUUCAGGAAACCAUGGAGGAGACACUGUCCUCCAGACGGAGCAGCCUUGCUUCCAAGUAGAAGAUAACAACAACAGAGAACAAGAACCCAGUGACACUGUCCGCUAUUUGAAACCUCCGCCUCGUCCGUCUCCAGAGUCUUCAGAAAGUGACUGGGAAACUUUGGAUCCUAGUGUUUUAGAGGACUCCUCCUUGAAAGAAAGGGAACAGAUAGGGUCAGACCAAACAAACUUAUUUCAGAAAGACUCUGUGCCCUCAGACAGUCCUCCAAUUACUGUACAACCUCAAGCUAACACCAGGCAGGUGGUCCUGAUACCAGGACUCAUUUCUGGUUUGGAAGAGGACCAAUAUGGCAUGCCUCUGGCCAUCUUUACAAAGGGAUAUCUGUGUUUGCCUUACAUGGCACUGCAGCAGCAUCACCUUCUCUCCGACGUCACUGUCCGGGGAUUUGUGGCUGGAGCCACUAACAUCCUUUUUCGACAACAGAAGCACCUCAGUGAUGCCAUUGUGGAAGUGGAAGAAGCACUGAUCCAGAUCCAUGAUCCAGAACUUAGGAAGCUGCUUAACCCAACCACUGCAGACCUAAGGUUCGCAGAUUACCUAGUGAGGCAUGUGACUGAGAACAGGGAUGAUGUCUUCCUGGAUGGCACAGGCUGGGAGGGAGGUGACGAAUGGAUCCGAGCCCAAUUUGCAGUCUACAUCCAUGCUCUGCUGGCUGCUACACUGCAGUUAGAUAAUGAAAAGAUGUUAUCAGACUAUGGAACAACUUUUGUUGCUGCCUGGAAGAAUACUCACAACUACAGGGUAUGGAACAGCAAUAAGCACCCAGCACUUUCAGAGAUAAACCCAAACCAUCCUUUUCAAGGCCAGUACUCCGUGUCAGACAUGAAACUCAGAUUCUCACAUUCUGUUCAGAACAGUGAACGUGGCAAAAAAAUUGGCAAUGUCAUGGUUACAACCAGCCGGAAUGUGGUCCAAACAGGAAAAGCUGUUGGCCAGUCAGUGGGAGGAGCUUUCUCCAGUGCAAAGACAGCUAUGUCCUCAUGGCUUUCUACCUUCACCACCUCCAGCCCUCAGAGUCUGCCUGAGCCACCCAACGGGAAGCCUUGAGUCCAGCAGAGAAGCCACUUUGUUCUCCAAGGUGUAAUGCUCCCUCCCCAUCUCCCAGGGUCUCCUCUAUCUACAGGUCCAGACCCAGGGACCAAGAUGACGAACUGUUUACAUGGACGGUUGCACUCUGUCUAAAUGAAUGUUGCAGGAUGCUGAACAGAUGAAAUCACAACCAUAGAAGGAAUAGCUUUCCAGGUUGGGGGUUAAAUUGACUACUUUGACUUCAUUCUGAGCCUAAUUAGUGUACACAAUGAACCUUCUAGUGAAUUUUAAGUUCUGAAAUUGUACAUGUGUUUACUUAGAAUUUUUACGUAUGUAUAUUUUGUUCUAUUUGCUGUUUAAAUAUUUAGAUGGUCAUUGUAAUUUAUAUUGACUCAAAUUAAGUUAUAUCACUAUUUUACUUUCUCUGAAGUUAGCCCUAAAAUGUACUUAUUAAGUGUAAGGACUAUGCAUUCCAGCCUAUUAUUACUUUGCUGAGUUCUAGAGUGAACUUUGUGGGGGCGAGACAUGGAGGGGCCUCUACCCACUCAACACAUUUACCAGCUCAUUUCUUCCCAGAGCCGUGAAAGUCAUGAGGGGAAAACUCUGAGAAUAAGACAUCAUUUCAGAUGAAUUUCUUUCUGGCAAAUUUGAUGUGAGGCAGCAAAGAUGUCACUCUGCUUCCCUCCUGCUGGCAGUGACUGUUCAGGGAAACCAGAGGUGGUUCAGCAGCACUGAAGGGUUGGCACAUGUCUGUAGGACAGUGUUUUAGUGACCCACAUGCUGGCAUGAUCAGCUCCAGUUAUGUUGCAGGGGUUUUGUUCUUGGUUUUGGUUGGUUGGUUGGUUGGGUGUUUGUUUGUUUGUUUGUUUGUUUGUUUUUGAGACAGGGCUUCUCUGUAUAACAGUCCUGGCUGUUGUGGAUCUCACUCUGUAGACCAAGCUGACCUUGAACUCACCAAGAUCCACCUGCCUCUGCCUCCCAAGUGCUAGGAUUAAAGGCGUGCGCCACCACCGCCCGGCUAUGUUUCAGUCAUGAUCAGCACUUUGUUACCUGAAAAUGUGUGCCUUGUUUCUUCUUGUGAAUGGUUGUCCAUUGGCUCUGGACAGAUCUGCAGGCCUUCUCUUAGUCUUACUCUGCAUUGAGCCUUUCAAAACUGGGCCUUCCUACUUCCUUGACUGAAAGUCCUCCUUUAGUCAGUUCUACCACCUUCAAAAGAAAAACAAAGUGACCGAUAAAGGUUUAUAAACCACAGCUUAGCUCAUAUUUAGAAAACCAAGAAAGUGGGCCAAGGAAAGGAUUUAGUGAGUAAUGUGCAAGCCUGACGACCUGAGUUCAAAUCCCUGGAACCCACAUAAAAAGCCUCAUCUAUAAUCCCAAUGUUCCUACAGUAAGAUGGGAGGCAGAGUCAGGAGAAUCUUCUGGAAGCUCACAAGCCAGCUAGCCUGAAGUGUGUAGUGAAUUGGCAGAAACAAGAGAGACCCUGCCUCAAAACAAGGUGGAAGGCAAGAACCAACUCUUGAAAAUUGUCCUCUGACCUCCGUGUAGGCAGUGUGUCAUGUCCAUGCUUACACACACACACACACACCUCAAAUGUAAAUGUAAACGUAGAAUGUAAGAAGGAAGAGAAGGAGCCCACACCCAUGCCAUGAGUCACUUGUUUGGUAAAUUCCAGCUGGUUUCUUGUUACCGAAGGCAUGAAUUGGCCAACCUCAUGAUUUGUACACAGCUGGAGUUCAUGUAUUUGUCAUUUAUAACUGUCAUUUGCUUUUCAGGGGAUCCUUAAUGGGUGUUCUCAGGGACUACUUAUGGAGAAGAGUCUGCCUUUUUAGUAACAAAAGACUUGUGGAAUAACCAUUACAUCUACAUAUGAUUUAACAAGCAUUGGGAAAAUAAGGGGCCUAAUUUAGGACACUGAUUUUAUUUCGUUUAUCCCUUAUGAGAUGCUCUAAAGACUAUGAAAACAACAUAAGGCAUAGUCUGGUAUCUCUAAAACUUGCAAUUUGGAUUUCACACAAAAUACAAAACCACAAAAUACAAACUGCUCCCAAUUGAGCGUAAUAACUUGAGAGAAUCCAGUAACAAUAAAUUGAUUAAUGGGAGGUAAAUAAAUUGAUUAAUGGGAGAAUACUAUUAAUUUACUUCAGCCAGGGAAUAUUUGAAAAGAGAAGUAAAGCCACACAAAACUGAAAGGCACUUUAAUCAGUGUUGUGCUGAGAUGGUUGGGAUUCUUAGAUACCAUUCAUAUGGCUGCAGCAUGACAAUGUACCUGUGGUAGUUGACAUUACCAGGAGCCCUAAACCUGUUUAGCCACUAAGAUAAUGAUUCAUUCUUUAGUUUGCACCAGGUUUGUAUGACUGGGUAAAUGCCUGCUGUCAUGUAAACAAAAGCAACACAACACUCACCUUGGAAUAUACUUGAGGAAAAAAGUUAAAUGAAAUUUAAUGCUAAUUUUGUAUCAUAUUCCCCAUUUGAGUACGUGUGUGGGUCCCCCUGCAUAGGAUCUCACAGUCUUCCUACGCAGGUCUCUAAAUUCCAUCCUCCUGCCUCUGUCUCCCAAAUAACUGCAGUUAGAGGAGCUUACCACUCUGCCAGGCUUAAGUGUAUAUUUUAAUUGAAUCUUCUCUUAAUGUAAAUUAAAACUUAAAUCUUAAAAUGGCCACUUAACUGGCUUUCAGCAUCAAAUAACUUUUCUUGAAAUAUAAAACAUCUUAAAAUUGUCAAAAGACCAUAUGCCUACUUCUUCAGGUUCAGGGAAACAUUGACUUUUCAAGGGCCAGGGGCCAUUUUGUUGUUGGCAGGGGCACUGCUGCAGCCAGUGUCGUGGAGAACAGAGAUACAGCCCGAACCCUGGGAGCCUGCACACUGUGUUUUAGGCACCAGUGAGAGCCUAACUGAUGAGUAGUCUCCAAACACUGGCACGGUAGCCCUGGAACCCACACCAGGCCUUUGACUCCUGUCAGCAGAGGUGUGGCUGUUGGAGCCCACACUUUCUCCAGUGAUCAACAAUGUUUUAGUGUCUAAGAACUGAGUGUUUAUAACUAGUCCUGAGGGAGUGAAAGUCCACCAGCAUUUUUCAGGUUUAUAGGAUACAGACAUUGGUGGUAGCUGCACUGCUGUCUAGGUGGUUUUGAGGAAGCCCAUUACAUUCCUAGCAUGAUGACAGUGACAUUGAUAAGGGAGAGAAGUAAAGCUGUGAGUCUGUGGACUAGAUGAGUAGAAAUUCUGAAGCUGCAUGUAACAGAGGUGCAGAGCAAUUUUAUAUGUAUAUUUGAUUCAUAACCAAUAUGAAUUGUCCAUCCCCAAAUCCAUUUGUGAUUCACUAGCUCCCAAGCCUGAAAGCAAUUCUCUUCUUUUGAAUUAAGAAAUAGCAGGGACUUUCUUGAGCACAGGACAAACUUCCUCAACCCUGUUGCUUUCCAGGUUCUGUACUAAGCAGUUACUGUUUUUUAGAAUAGCUUUCCUUAGAAAUACAAGGAGAAAACAAAUUAAGAAAACAAAAAUGAGGUGUUAGAUGGCUGGAGAACAGGGCACUUAAAGUCUGAAUGAGAGUAUUUUGACAUCAGUAUUUAACCUACUUCAGGUAUGAAUUCUUUAGAGAGAAGUUAGAAUUGUAAUCAGCUAUUUACAUUUCUAAGUGAAGCUGUAACAUUCUUUUUCUGGUAGGCAGGUUUUAUUGAAGUGCUAUAUAUUCCAUGGAGAAAAUUUUGUAGGUGUAAAUAGCCAGUGGCCCCUUUCCCUCCCAUGUUGAUAAGUUUGGAAGUCUGCAGGCCAGCAUCCAGAUCUAUACCCACAGGCAGAUGUCUGCUGCAGCCUCCACAGAGGGCAGCCUGCUAGGGCAGAAGCUGCUGGCUCUACACCAGCCUGUUAGUGUAUUAGGGCAUCACUUGGGAUUCCUGAAGUGGCAACAUUUGCACACUCUGGUUCCAUCAUGAAAAAUGGCCCAGCAUUCAUGGCUUUCCACGCCAUCUCUUGGUAGCCUUUAACUAUGACAGAAUACUCCCCAAAUCACUUGAAGAUGACUGUCAUUCCUUACAACAUAAUGUGUUGCUAGGACUUUCUCAUUCCAAGUCUUCUGACUUCAUUGCUUUGGAAUUGCUUUUCCAUAAUUUCCAAUAUUUCACAAGCUUUUUUCAGAGAGAGACAAAGAAAAGGAAUGUGCAUCUUUAUUUUUUCAUAUAAAAUAACUUCAUAAAAAUGACUUCCUGCUUACAUUAUGAAGAAGAAAGUGGCUUCCUUGUAUGGUAUAACACUCCAAAAUUAAAAGGUUGUGCAUGUCUAAGGGGUUGGGUAUAUUUUGUAAAACUCUAAAUACAUUUGUAUUUCUGUGCUGUUCAGAAAUUAACCUUUUUACUUAUACUAAAGAUAUAGAAAACUAUAUAUUUAAAUCAUGUAAAUGGAACGCAGUUUAAGGGGAUUUCCAAUCUUAUUUCUCAUCAACUUCUCACGCACAUAGUUUGCUGCUCAAGUUUGUUUUCUGUGCAAUAUAAACAUUCGAACAUUUCAAGUCAGGUACUGAGCCAGAGAGGUCAUUGAAGUUUUCAGAAAACUGUGCUUAGAAAAUAUUUUAUUUUCUUGAAAUACUGUUCUUUUAUAGCUGGAAAAACAAGAUUUAGCAUUAUGUGUUUCAGUCCACUUGAUCAUCAGUUUCUAAAUUUAGGAAGCAUUGAUCAGUGGCUUGGUGAAGGCACUUAGUGGUUGGAAAGUAGUUUCUAAGGAAGUUUAGCUAUAGCACAUAUUUUAUGAGAAAUGCCUUCCCUUUCCUCUAGUAGUUUUAUAGUUUGUGCUGGUUCAUUUCUGUUGUCAUUUGUUUCUUAAAGAAUACUCAAGGUAUAAAUCAUGUCUAAUCAUGCUGAAUUGUAGUGAUUCUAUUGUACCUUUAUUUUAAGCAAAACCUGAUAAUAAAAUUAUCCUGUUUCUCUUGCA